GCAAGGCGCAGGCGCGCGGCUCCCGGUGGCACUCGAGACACCAGCUGCAGGACGCGGCGGACCGCUGAGGUGCGGACCUGGGCUGAUGGAGCCGCCGAAGGUGGAAAAGUUCAGCACCGCCAAUAGGGGAAACGGGCUGCGCGCCUUGGCGCAGCUGCGCCCAGGAGAGCUGCUCUUCCGCUCGGAUCCCUUGGCGUACACGGUGUGCAAGGGGAGUCGUGGCGUCGUCUGCGACCGCUGCCUCCUAGGGAAGGAAAAGCUGAUGCGGUGUUCUCAAUGCCGAGUUGCAAAAUACUGUAGUGCUAAGUGUCAGAAAAAAGGUUGGCCAGACCACAAGUGGGAAUGCAAAUGCCUUAAAAGCUGCAAACCCAGGUAUCCCCCGGAUUCUGUUCGACUGCUUGGCAGAGUUGUUUUCAAACUUAUGGAAGAAACACCGUCUGAAUCGGAGAAACUUUACUCAUUUUAUGAUCUGGAGUCAAAUAUUAACAAAAUGACUGAAGAUAAGAAAGAGGGCCUCAGGCAACUUGUAAUGACAUUUCAACAUUUCAUGAGAGAAGAAAUCCAGGAUGCUUCUCAGCUGCCACCUUCCUUUGACAUUUUUGAAGCUUUCGCAAAAGUUAAAGCAACAUUAACCUAUGGCUCCUAUACUUCCUUGUAA